AUGAGUUUCAAUGGCGGAAACAGACGUUUUCCUGCUGGUCCAGCGGAGAAUUUCGAAAACAAGAGCUAUCGAAGCAGAGACAACAGAGCUAAUAGGAAUUCGAGCGGAAGCAGAUACCAAGAACGUCAAAGUUCGAGGUAUGGAGGUGGAACGAGCUACAGAAAUGGCGGCGGAGGCAGGUUCAGAAGCGAUGCAAGAUAUGAUAACAGGAACUUUGGAAGCACCGGCAGUAAUGUGGGUAUAAAUAGUGCGAACGACUGGAAUACAGCUAACGUGAACUGGUCAAUGGUAGUACCACUAGGCGAACGCAAACGACUCCGCCCUACACUCUGGGACAGGCCCCCUAAGGGAUUCGAAAAUGUUCCUGCGGAAAGAGCUAAAUUGUCCGGCCUAUUUCCACUGCCGGGCCAGCCGCAGGAUUUGGACCACUCCAAGCUGGACGGAAUUGUCUCGAGUGGAGUUCUCACUCGGCGCACACGGAUCUUAUUUGAGGACCCCACGAGAGUAAAUAUGAGCAAAACGAAAUAUAACCAAAUUUUGAUUUUGACAUCGGUGGGCUCCGGCAAAACGGAAAUGGAGAGGGCUCAAAAUUACAUCAAGGACUUCGUCAGCCUCGUUGGUGAAGUUCACAAUGUCAAGGAUGCCAGAUUUUUACAAGACAAUCGAUUAUUGUUGCAUUUUAGCAGCGAAGAAAUUACGACGAUAGUCCUAAGCUGUCAAAAGUACAUUGAAGCCAAGACCGGAUCCAAGUUUAUUUGGCAGAGACCUGGGGAAUGUGUGCGUAAGGCCGAACACGAAGAAGCUAUCUGCGAGGGCCAGGUUGUUGCGUUGUUAGACUUGGGGCCCACUGACGAGGAGUCGCUCAAAAACAGUCUAGCUGAAGACGGCAUUGAGGUGAACUGGCUGAAGCUGAUAACGGUAGGCCCUUCGCAGGAGUUUACGGGCACUGCACUGAUAGACCCAAUCACCUGGAAGAUCGAGAACUCCAAGUACAAGUGGAUUAGACCCAAUGAUUCCAAGUUGCAUCAAACUUUUACAGAGUUGACUUUUCAGCAACUGCCGCAACUCGUAGCCCAACAAGACCGGGGGCCCUCAAAGGUUAUAAUGUUACUGAACUGCGUAGAUGGCAAAGAUUUGAAAAACGAGGAUUUUGUUAAAGAACUGUACGAUUGUAUGACCAAAUCGUCAAUGAUGUCUUCCUUCGGUGAGAUUGAGAGCGUAAAAAUACCCAAACCAGGCGCUGAUUAUCGUACAAGCUUUGAAACUAUUCAGGAGGGGAUUGGUAAGAUUUUUGUGAAAUUCCAAAACGUUGAUAGCGCUCGCACAGCCAUGCAGAAGCUUCCCGGGAGCCAAUUUAACGACAGAACUGUGAUCUGCUCGUAUUUUAGCGAGCGGGACUAUAACAUGGAUAUAUUAUGA